CUGAUUUUUGCUAAGAUAAAGCCAUUGGACAUUAAGUAUUUGUUGCAGGUGCUUCUGUACAAAAUAGUAGAUGAUGAAUCGGAUGAAAAACUUGCUGUGGAAUAUAUCGAAAACUUCGAAUGUUCUGCUCUACAAAUAACAAUUAGAGAGCAAAAUUUAUAUUGUGCUGAAGGUGGCAAAAUCAAAAUUAGAACAUUCCAGGGUUGUGUGAAGCAAAUAAUAUCUAUGCCAGAAAGUGAAGGAGAACCUAUAAUGAUGGAUAUCAAUAAUUCUUGGUUAUGCAUUAUAAAUAGUAAUGGAUAUAUACGUAUUUAUGAUCUGUCAUCAGGGGAAGUACGACAACAAUGUAAUUCAAAGUAUAUUCCGGCAGUGGUUGAAAAUUUUAGGCAGUUUUUACAUGUAAAAAUAAAUGGAACUGGCAAUCGUGUUAGCUUCACGUAUUUCGUUGGUGAUGAAGAAAAAGUUAGUCCCAGUAUUAUGAUAUGGGAUGCCGAAACGGAUCGAGUUUCAAAGUUCAAUUUUCUUACUGGUAUGACAGAUCAGCAACAGUUUGAUGCGGAUGCUGAAAUUGAGCUUCCUUCCGAGAAUCGACCAACUACUGCUGCUGUCCGUAAAAUCAAAAAAGAGCAAAAACGAUUUCGUUUACUAAAUCAUUUGCCUGGCACAUUAUGUUGGGACAGCAAUGAUCCACGAUAUUUAAUAUGUGAAGCAAAUCCUUGGAAAGCAAAUAUGGUACAAACUGUGCAUUGUGCUUUUAUUGUUUCAGCUGCACUUUUCUUUUUCAUAACCAUUAUGUUUCAAUUUAGCGAAAGUGUUUGGGAGCAUAUGGCUCAGAUGUGCGUGAAAACACAACGUCUUGAUAUAGCUCUAAUAUGUCUCGGGAAAAUGAAACAUGCCUCUGGAGCAAGAGCUUUACGCAUCUCAAGCAAAAAUAAUGACCCUCAUGAAGUUCAAGUGGCUAUUUUAGCCAUCCAGCUUGGUUUAUUAGUAACGCAAGAAUUGUUCUACAAAUGUAAAAGAUACGAUUUGGUAAAUCGACUUCUGCAAACACGAAAUCGUUGGGAUGAGGCUAUUCAGUUUGCUCAAAAUAAUGAUCGAAUCCAUCUACGGAACACAUAUUACAAUUAUGCAAAGCAUCUUGAGUCAUUGGGUUUAAUUGAUAAAGCUAUCGAAAACUAUGAAAAAUCAGGCAUGCAUCGAUUUGAGGUGCCACGUAUGCUUUUCAAUGAACCUAAAAUGCUUGAGGCAUAUAUAAAGAAAACAAAAGAUCCGUUAUGGUGGGCUCAAUAUAUGGAAAGUCAAAAUGAAUUAAAAGUAGCGCGAUUAUUUUAUCAGUAUACGAAUGAUUAUUUAUCAAUUGUUCGUCUACUGUGUUAUAGCAAUGAUAUUGACGAAGCAGUUGAAGUAGCUAAUAAUAGUGACAAUAAAGCAGCAUGUUACUAUCUGGGGCAAUACUUUGAAGCACACAUGGAUCCAAAAAAAGCAGUAGCAUUCUUCACGAAAGCAUGCGCAUACAGUAAUGCAUUACGACUUGCUAAAGAACAUUGUAUAAACGAGGAAAUUGCUAACUUGGCUCUGAUGGCUGGAGGAAAUGAAAUAGUUGAGGCAGCGCAAUAUUAUGAAAAUAUACCUGGACAAGCUGAUAAAGCUGUAAUGCUGUAUCAUAAGGCUGGCAUGAUUAAUCGCGCUCUUGACUUAGCAUUUCGUACAGAACAGUUUAGUGCAUUAGAUCUCAUCAGUAAUGAUUUGGAUCAGAAUUCUGAUCCACAAACGCUUCAACGUGCUGCUGAAUUCUUCCAAAAUAAUCAGCAAUUUGAUAAAGCUGUUCAGUUACUAGCUUAUGCUAAAAAUGCAGUCAAUCUAUGCAAAGAAAAAAAUGUUCCAUUAAGUGAAACACUGGCAGAAAAAUUAACUCCUUCAAAAGAAAAUAUUACAAAUGAAGCAGAUCGCAUUAAAUUGCUAGAAUCUAUUGCUGAAUGUUGUCUACAUCAGCGAAAUUAUCAUUUUGCUGCAAAAAAGUAUACUCAAGCUGGAAAUAAACUUAAGAUAAGCUUUUUCGCUAUGCAAUCGCUAAUUAAAUCGGCUGAUACUCCUAAAAUUAUAUUCUUUGCAUCUACAGCAAAAAAUAAGGAGAUUUAUAUAUUAGCUGCAAAUUAUUUGCAAACAUUGAAUUGGAAAGAAAAUGGGGAUUUGAUGAAACGGAUCGAAUCGUUUUACAGUAAAGCUAACGCACAUGAACAUUUAGCUACUUUCUAUGAAGCUUGCGCAGAAGUUGAGAUUGACGAUUACAGAGAUUAUAGUAAAGCUAUGGAUGCUCUUAUUGAAGCCAUGAAAUAUCUCACUAAAUAUUUAGUGCUUAAAGUUAUAACAGAAGAAAUGCUGAAAUUACAAAAUGCUUUUUGCUUUCAGGCAUAUUCACUAAUACAGCAACUGAAAGAACGUGAGCCACAAAUUAAGUUGAGUCAAUUUGUGAAUCAAGAAAUUCAAAAUAUUAUAUGUGAUGAGUUGAAGAUCCCACGGAUAUCUGACACAAACAGUACAGAAUCGGAAUGGACUGGAGAAGAUGAAAUUGAUGGCGAAGAUGUGGAUUACAGCUAUGAAAUGAAACGACGAAUUCAAAGUAAUAAAUAUAAAUUUGAUAAAGAUUACUUCAAAUCAUGAAC